AUGGCCAAUCAACCUUUAGCUAGUGGACUUAGUGCUCAAGUCAAAAGAAAGCUUGAAGGAAAACGAGACAGAGAUCAAGAACAAAGUGUACUUGAUUGGAUAGAGGCCGUACUUGGCACCAAGGUGGACCGUUCUAAACCAUAUGAAGAAGUACUGAAAGAUGGAGUGCUACUUUGCAAAGUUAUCAAUAAACUAAAACCUGGUAGUGUUAAGAGAAUCAAUGAGAACGCUACUAUGCCAUUUAAAAUUAUGGAAAACAUUAAUGCAUUUCAAGAAGCAAUUAAGGCAUACGGGGUGCCUACUGCUGAUGUUUUUCAAACAGUCGAUUUAUUUGAGAAAAAAGAUAUUGCUCAAGUGACACAAUGUAUUUAUGCUCUUGGAAGAACAUGUCAAACACAUCCGGAAUACAUUGGCCCUACUUUAGGUCCAAAAUUAGCUCAAGAGAAUAAACGUGAAUUCACUGACGAACAAUUACGUGAAGGCGCGAAUGUGAUUAGUCUACAAUAUGGUACAAAUAAAGGUGCUUCACAAGCUGGCAUGACAAUGGGCAAACAAAGAAUGAUUCUUGAUUAA